AUGGCGGGCAAAAUGGUACUAUACAAACUGGUGGUGCUCGGAGAUGGUGGUGUAGGGAAGACAGCCCUCACAAUCCAGCUUUGCCUGCAGCAUUUCGUCGAAACGUACGACCCUACCAUUGAGGAUUCGUACCGGAAGCAGGCCGUGAUAGACAACCAGGCGUGCAUGCUAGAAGUGUUGGACACGGCCGGACAGGAAGAAUACACAGCACUACGAGACCAGUGGAUCCGCGAUGGCGAGGGUUUCGUCCUAGUUUACAGCAUCUCGUCGCGAUCGUCUUUCACGCGCAUUAAGCGGUUCCACCACCAGAUUCAGAGGGUCAAGGAGUCAACAGCCUCGUCGCCCUCGUACCCCGGGUCGCCGAUCUCGGCUGCCAAUCCGUCCGCGCCCGUCCCCAUCAUGCUCGUUGGAAACAAGAGCGACCGCAUCGCCGACCGGGAAGUCUCGACGCAGGAGGGGCAUGCUCUAGCGCGCGAGCUCGGAUGCGAAUUCGUCGAGGCGUCGGCCAAAAACUAUAUCAAUGUUGACAAGGCCUUCUACGACGUGGUUAGGAUUCUGCGGCGGCAACGACAAGCGGCCUCUCAACCGCUGUCACCCACAGGCAGCAGCAAGUACGAAGCGUCCAGGAGGACCGACUCAAACUCCCAGUCAGAAAAGGGCCGUUAUCGUCGAGAACGCCGCAGCCGGGGGUGUGCCAUAUUAUGA